UGCCCCUGCCUGAAGGCUGGCGUUCUCUUGCUCAUCACAUGUGCUCUCUCUUUUUUCUCUGCUAGGCUGAGGAAUAAUAACAGGGAUGAGAAGAGCUGCCACUCAUUGAGUGCUUACUGUGUGCUAGGUGCUUAAUGUGGAUUUUUAUCAAGCCCUCACUAUAUCAACGAGAAAACGGAGGAACAGAAAAGAGAUCGGCCUGCCCAAAGCCAUGCAGACAGGAAUGGCAGAGCUGGGAUUUGAACCAGGCAGGCCCAGCAUGUGGAAGUGAUGGAGAGAGCACUUACAUUGAAAAGGGCCAGGGCAUUGCAGGGCCGGCUCCUUGAGCACCUGCUGCGUACACUUUCCUGUCCUAUCCCAGCUGGAGGGCAGAUGUCAAGGGGAGAUGAACCUGGUAGCAGUGUUGAAGGGCAGGGGCUGAUGCUAUAGGUGGUCUUUCAUCCUCACCUUAGGUGGGCAGGGUAGGAAAAACAAUGGCUCAUUUAGAGGUGGAGGGGCUGAGGCUGAGAGAGGCCAAGUGACCUGCUCAGCUGAUCAGAGCUCUCUGUGAAGAGACAGGGAGAGCUCAGAUGGGCGCUGGGUGGGGGCAGAGGUGCUUCCAGGCCAACCCUGGCACCAAGCAGGCAUCUAAGCACUAGGUGAAUUUACUGAACUAAGUAAGGACCAGAGUGUGGCAUAUGAGCUACUGGUGGUCAGCUUCAGCAGUAGGAAGGACUUGGAGAGGGGUUUUGUCCCCAGCUGCCUGCCCAAGGUGCAGAGGACAGUAGCCCAGCCCGCAGGAGGCCCCAAGUCCUUCCUCAGCUGAGCUUGCUUCCCUGAGUUCCUGGGGGACUCAAGCCACAUGCAUCUUGGGAAGUAAAGUGGGAGUAGGCUGUGUGUUAGACCCCACCCCCGUCCAUCUUGUGAAGCUCCUAGACAGAGCAUGUUGCAGAAAGGAUCUGAGACUUGGUUAGUGCUGGGCUCCGCUGUUAGCCAGCUGUGUGACCUUGGCUGUAUCCUUCAUGCUCAGCCUCAGUGUUAAUGUGUAGGAAGUGAAGCAAUGGUUAGGGCAAAGCCCUGCAGAGAUGGAUGCUGGUUGUGGCCCCCACUCCUCCAUUUCUCAACUCUUGCACCCCAGGCAAAAGCGAGUCCCUCAGUACAGUGCCUGGGGCACUGAAGCUGAUGCCUUGCUUGCUUCCCAUCCAGGGUAGCGACAUAGCCAGCAGACUCUGACCACACCCUUCAACCACCACCCUCGGCCCAGCCGACUUCUCCUGGCUCUCCCUGCACUGCCCUUGAGAUGACAGUUUAUUCUCAGCAGAACAGCCAAAGUGAGCUGAUCAGACUCAGCUGAGGCCACGGCCCUCCUCUGCUGUCAAUCCUCAGGCGAUGCUGCCUUUCCCUCUUCCCCCCAGUGUCCACUGGCUCGCUCUGCCCCACCCCUCACUAUUCCUCCUUCAUGCCUAUAUACUCCUGUUCCUUCUUCCUGGAACAUUCUUCCCUGGUGCCCCCACCUGUGUGAACUUCGCUCAAAUGUCACCUCCUCAGUGAGGCUGGCCAACGACUAUGUCCCUCUGGACUCGCUUCCCCCACCCUGCAUCCUGCUUUCUCCAGAACAUGACUUUUGGACAUACAGUACUAUUAUUUGACUGACUUAUAGUUUAUUGCAGUCUCCUUACCCUGCUCAGCCUUGUGCAAGUGCCACGAGGGAAAGGGUGUGGGCGCAUCUCCAUGUUCCCAGUUCUGACGAGGUUGCUGGCACACAGUGGGCUCUCCUGAAGUGGUGCUGAGGGAGUGAAUGGCGUGUGUUGGAAGAGCACCUCUGGGGUGCUGUGUGGACCUGAUGCGAUGUGGCUCCUCCAUCCACCGGGUUGUCUUCACUGGUUGCAUGUGGACUCCUCAUCCUUAUGGGGAUGAAGAUGAGACGCUACAAGCUCUUUCUCAUGUUCUGUAUGGCUGGCCUGUGCCUCAUCUCCUUCCUGCACUUCUUUAAGACCCUGUCCUAUGUCACCUUCCCCCGAGAACUGGCCUCCCUCAGCCCUAACCUAGUGUCCAGCUUCUUCUGGAACAAUGCCCCCGUCACGCCCCAGGCCAGCCCCGACCCAGGAGGCCCUGACCUGCUGCGGACCCCUCUCUACUCACACUCACCCCUGCUGCAGCCACUGUCACCAAGCAAGGCCACUGAAGAACUCCACCGGGUGGACUUUGUGCUGUCUGAGGAUACCACCGAGUAUUUUGUGCGCACCAAAGCCGGGGGCGUCUGCUUCAAACCAGGCACCAAAAUGCUGGAGAAGCUGCCACCGGGGCGGCCAGAGGAGAAGCCCGAAGGAGCCAACGGCUCCUCAGCCAAGCGCCCGCCCCGGUACCUGCUGAGCACCCGGGAUCGCGCGGGCAGCCGGGGCCCGCGGCGCAAGUGGGUGGAGUGCGUGUGCCUGCCCGGCUGGCACGGGCCCAGCUGCGGCGUGCCCACCGUGGUGCAGUACUCCAACCUGCCCACCAAGGAGCGGCUGGUGCCCCGGGAGGUGCCGCGCCGGGUCAUCAACGCCAUCAACAUCAACCACGAGUUCGACCUGCUGGACGUGCGCUUCCACGAGCUGGGCGACGUGGUAGACGCCUUCGUGGUGUGCGAGUCCAACUUCACCGCCUACGGGGAGCCGCGGCCGCUCAAGUUCCGCGAGAUGCUGACCAACGGCACCUUCGAGUACAUCCGCCACAAGGUGCUCUACGUCUUCCUGGACCACUUCCCGCCGGGCGGCCGGCAGGACGGCUGGAUCGCGGAUGACUACCUGCGCACCUUCCUCACCCAGGACGGCGUCUCGCGGCUGCGCAACCUGAGGCCGGAUGACGUUUUCAUCAUCGACGACGCCGACGAGAUCCCGGCCCGCGAUGGCGUCCUCUUCCUUAAGCUCUAUGACGGCUGGACCGAGCCCUUCGCCUUCCACAUGCGCAAGUCGCUCUACGGCUUCUUCUGGAAGCAGCCGGGCACGCUGGAGGUGGUGUCGGGCUGCACGGUGGACAUGCUGCAGGCCGUGUAUGGGCUGGACGGCAUCCGCCUGCGCCGCCGCCAGUACUACACCAUGCCCAACUUCCGCCAGUACGAGAACCGCACGGGCCACAUCCUGGUGCAGUGGUCGCUCGGCAGCCCCCUGCACUUCGCGGGCUGGCACUGCUCCUGGUGCUUCACACCCGAGGGCAUCUACUUCAAGCUGGUGUCCGCCCAGAACGGCGACUUCCCCCGCUGGGGUGACUAUGAGGACAAGCGGGACCUCAAUUACAUCCGGAACUUGAUCCGUACCGGGGGCUGGUUUGACGGCACGCAGCAGGAGUACCCGCCGGCCGAUCCCAGCGAACACAUGUACGCCCCUAAGUACCUGCUCAAGAACUACGACCAGUUCCGCUACCUGCUGGACAACCCCUACCAGGAGCCCAAGAGCACCGUGCAAGGCGGGCGGCGCCACAAGGGCCCGGAGGGGAGGCCACCUGCCCGGGGCAAAUCGGACGAGGCUGAAGGCUAAGGCUGCAUGAUCUUAUAGAGCCCAUGGCAGGGUCGAGUGGUGGCCACCCCUAGAAUGAAUGAUUUCCCUGCCUCCUUCCACCGGCUUGGCUUGGUGGCUCUUGAGAGAACUAGGAGUGGGUGUGUGGGUGGGUGUAUGGGGCUUACUCCAUUGCAGCCCUUGUCAAUCAAGGGGCAGGCCUUUGUGCUUAAAAAAAAAAAAAAAAUUCCUUCCUGUCAGGAAAGUGGCCCCUUUGCCCACCAAGAGUGCUGUGGCCAGGAGGUGCUGCUGGAGGAGGGGGGGUACACGGUGGUCACUGGGCAGAAGGGGGGCUUACAGGGCGGUCUGUGGAGGGAUUACCACAGGAACUUUCCAGAGUCCAUGGGGGUGUGGCCUGGCUUGGGAGGAGUCUACCCUAAACAGGCGUGCCAGGAGGGCCAGGGGCUCUGUAAAUAGAUGCAUUUGGGUCCACGAGGAAGAGGAGACAGCUAGGAAGGAGGGAACCAGGACAUGCUGGUUGAUGCUUUGCCGCAUUAGCAGAAGUGCUAGGCAGGAGGGAGAGGAGAACCCCACCCAGUGUCCCAAAGGACAGGACCCCUCUGCACUGGGAGGCUGGUGCCUGAGUACCUCUGUGCUCCCCCACUCCUCAGGACCUGACAGCAUGGGGCUGGGGAACCCUGGGGAGUCUUCCUUUGGGUUCCAAACCUGGUCUUGACAUUCCUUCUUUCUAUAUUGCUGGCUUGUGGGCUGCCCAUUCAGGCCUUCUUAGGCCAGGAGUCCAGUUGUAGGUGGGACCUGGGGGAGGGAGGAAGAAAGAGGAAACUGACAGGAGGCCCCAGCAUCCAUCCACACCGCCUCCCCAUCACCCCUUCCUGUUGGCACCCACUGCCCCAGCUCUGCACCCUCCCUGGUUGGGAUCACCCCGUGCCCCUCCUUGGGGAAAGUUAGGGGCCAGGAAGGGCCUUCAAGGCUGUCCUGAGCCCAAGAAGGGACAUUAAAGCCAGUUGUAUGUCCUCCCAUUCCUCAUAGUUUGCCUUGGGGAGGUGUAUUUGUUGUGAUUAAGAGACCCUGAAAUACAGUAGUUUAUGCAAGACAGAGCUUGUUUCUAAUUAAAUUGUCCAGAGGAAGAUGGUCCUGAGCUAGUAGGGCAGCUCUGUUUUUCCUCAUACACACCUUCCAGUUCUGGACACAUAUGGCUGCUCCACCUUCCACCAUCCUGUGUGCAUCCAAGCCUGGGUAAGCAGAGGUUGCAAGGGAUGUGCACCCCUUUCCUGUUAAGGGCAGGAGCCAGAAAAGGCACUGUCAUUUUGACAGCAUCUCAUUGGCCAGGCCUAAGUCACAUGGCCACAAGCAGCUGCAAGAGAAGCUGGGAAGUAUAGUCAGGUGGUAUGUCAUGUGCAAGGCCUCAAGCCAGGAGUUUUCUUAUCAAUGGAGGAGAGAAUGGACACGGGAGACAAGUAGCACCUCUAGUCGGGGAGUGGGGAGAAAUGACUUUCUCAGUCGUGGGCCCUGCUCUCAUUGUCAGAGCUUCUGGAACACCUGCUUCCACUCCUCACUGUGCCAGCCCAGGGCCAGGGUGCUGUGGGAGCUGCAGCUGUGUGGAAAGGGGCAACUCCUUCUCCCCCCACCCUCUCAGACAUCACCUAGUGAUGCUGUGUGUAGAGUCUGCCUGUGGAGUGGUACAUGUUUGUGGGUGUGCGUGUAUAUUUAUGGGCAUGGGUGCAUGCUUGGUGUGUAUUUGUACAUGUCUGUAUUGAUGUGUUCCUGUAAAUACAAGGUUGUGUGUGGAUGUGGGAGUGCAGGCCCCGGUGUCCUCUUCCCCAGGACCUGGAGCCUGUGGCCAUAUCUUCUGCAGCUCCCCCAAAAUGGGCUAUUAAGCCCAUGGGGAGCCCAGAAGGCAAGGCUAAAGGAGAUGCAGGGUCUGUCUGUCUGUCUGUCUUUCCGUCUGAGGAGUGGGAACUGUCCCAACCUGAGGGCUGUGCAGCUAAGAGCCCACUACCUCCCCAGCCCCUCUAGGUUCCUGCCCCCCUCACCCACAGUGGUUUUUCUGGAUGUCUUAGUGGAGGUUCCUGAUGGGCCAGGGGAGGAGGCCAUCUCUUAGGCACCUGCUCCAUCUGGGGGAAGUGCCAGGCCUAAGUGUGGUGUGGAGAACCAGCCUCAGAGCAGCCUCUGGUGGGUAGGCAUGAAGCAGGCUGAGGGCCUAGGUGGACCUACUCUCGCCCCUGUUCAGGGGUUCCUCUGAGUGAACCCCUCCUUUGAAUCAUAGCAGCCUUCCUUUCUGGUUCCUCUUGAGAAUGAGAGGUGGCUCAAGAAAUCAGGGUGUCCCUGUGGCUCUGGGUCAUUCCAAGCCAGGCUGCCCUCCUGAGCGGCCUCUGUUUGCCCUGUGGACAGGUGGUCUCUGGGGACCCCUGGAACAUACCUGAGCCCUGGCCCAGGGCCUCCCUCCUUGACAGCUUCCUAGUCCCACAUCCUGGCACCCUUACCUGGUGGCCUCCAGUGCUCAGGGGGUAGGCAGAGAAGCUCAGACUUGUCAGGCCCAGACUCAGUGGGGCAAGGGCCUGUUCACAGCACUGUGGGUAGAGACCUAGUGAUCAGCUGUCAGAAGGUUGGAAGUAGGAUGAGGUUGAAGAGCUUCACAUAUAAUCAUAACAUACACUGGGAAUUUUGGGAGGGCCAGGGCCACUCCCCUUAUGUGAAGGGAAACCAAACUAAAUGUGAAUGCCAGCAUACUGCUGUCCUGUGGCCGUGUCUGGAUUUCUCUCCUUGGGAACCACUAUCCCCUUGACCUCUAGAUCCAAGUGGGCUUGUCCAUGCCAAGCAUCUAAGGAACACAGCUGGCCCCUUCUACGCAUAGGUCAUGUCGGUUUUCAGGAGCAGCAUGGGAGAGCUUUGGGAUCAAAGGGAGAGCUGGGUGGGGAGACAGGGGACUUGCCCAAGCAGAAGGCAGGGCCCUGGGAAAAUGUAUAAUUUAAGGACACCAAUAAUAAUAGUAUUAUUUUUUUUGUAAGGAAAAAUCAAUAUGUACAUUCUGAAAUCAUUUUCUCUGUAAAUGGUUGGAUUUCAUUUCACCCUUAAAGGGAUGCUUAAAGGAAAAGAUAAUAUUAAUAAUAAAAACAGGUACAAAGUU